UUCCCUGUUGACGGAAGCAGCCCUCACUGACGCUCUCACUAAGCUAGCCUGCUAGCAGCUAGCUGGAACAGCUUCCUAACACCCAUUGGUGACGUCCAAGACCAGGGGAACAACUCUAAUCCUGCGAUAUCCACCAUGGAUUUGAAUGUUAUCUUGUCGCAGCUCGAAACCGUCGGCGAAGAGGACGUCGAGGAGUUGCUGCGGCAGUAUAUUCGUAAGAAUAGACACACCUUCAGUUUCGACCCGAAGGAGGAAUCCCUCCGCAUCAAGCUGUGCCAGAGUGUGUUGUCAGUUCUCGGGAGGCAGGUGAAGCCCGGCUGUCAGAAGACAUGUCUGGAGACACUCCGCAUCCUGUCCAGAGACAAGCGUGUCCUCGCACCUGUGGCCACCAGGGAGGGCAUGCUGAUCCUGGGAGGGAUGGCGAGGAUGAAAGCUGGGCGGGACGGCGGCAAUAACCGGAUCGUCUCUCGGGAAGACGCCCCGUCGGAGGAGGAAGAGGAGGAGGAGGAGAGGGUGGUGGUGGUGGAAGCCCUGAAGUGCCUGUGCAACGUGGUGUACAACAGCCCCGCCGCUCAGCAGGUCAGCGUGGACGUGCAGCUGGCGGAUGGCCUCUGUGCCACCCUGCGCACGGCCCGCACGUGGCACCACGAGGUGGGCCUCUUCACGCUGCGCCUGCUCUUCCUGGUGUCCGCGCUGCGAGCUGACGUGAGGGGGGUCUUGAGGCGAGAGUUGCGCGCCGUGGCGCUGCUGACGGAGGUGCUGGAGCACACCCUGGGCGUGAGCUGGGUCGGGCCCUACGAAUGCGCCCGCCCAGAUCCGCAGGCCGUGGCCAUGCCCGCCGAGGACAACGAGAGAACCAUGGAGGCGCUCAAAGCCUUGUUCAAUCUCACGCUGUCUGACACCGGUGAGAAGGAAGAUGACCACCAUUUCCGACUCAUUGCUGCCAUCUUGUGUCAUCUAUUGAUGCUGAAGACUGAGACCGAGAAGAAAACAGAGGAAGCACACAGCCAUGCCAUCAACCUGCUGAAUAACCUGCCUGUGUCCUGCCUGGAUGUGUUAAUCGACGUGCCCGUCCAGGGUGGACUAGAGAUGUAUGGUGGAAAGAAUAUGGAUGCUGUCCAGAUGUUAAUAGACUUCAUGGAGAAAAGGAUGGACAAGCAGGGCUCCAACUACAAAGAAGGUCUGACUCCAGUGCUCAGCCUUUUGACUGAAGGAUCCAGACAACACAGGGAGAUCCGCAGAUAUAUCAAAGCUCAGGUACUUCCCCCACUGAAAGAUGUGAAGAUCAGGCCGGAGAUCGGCACCACCACCAGAAACAAGCUGGUUCGCCUCAUGACGCAUGUUGACAUGGGUGUGAAGCAGACGGCUGCAGAGUUUCUCUUUGUCCUCUGCAAAGAAAGCGUGGACAAUCUGUUGAAGUACACCGGGUAUGGAAACGCAGCAGGACUCCUGGUGGCUCGAGGACUUCUCGCAGGAGGGAGAGGAGAGACUCAGUACUCCGAAGAUGAAGACUCUGACACAGAGGAAUACAAAUCUGCCAAACCAUUCAUUAACCCAAUCACCGGUCAUGUGGAGGAGCCCAUGCCAAACCCCAUCGAAGAGAUGACCGACGAGCAGAAGGAGUUUGAAGCCCAGAAACUUGUCAAUAUGUUUGACAAGUUGUCAAGGCAGAACGUGAUCCGGCCAAUGGGGGUCCGGCCUGACGGAACGUUAGCACCUCUUGAAGAAACUCUUUGUGAUCAACCGGAGGACUCCGGAUCAGACUCUGACUAGUGCGCUUCACAUGGAGGCCCAAUAUUCCAGGCUAAGCCCACUCGGCCCCCAACACAUGUGGAACUGUGUCCUAAUUUGAGAUCUGGACCUUUUUGUUUUUUUUACGGGAAGGUGACCAUGACGAUGGGUCUGUCAGCGAUGAAAACACCGGGCUGAACCGAGUCUGUUACCGAGCAACAGUAGUGGAAGUCAGUCAAAAGAUCCACUCGCUGUACCAAUACCUCCCAAUAAAUGACACUCUAUUAACUUAAAGAUGCAGAUAUCAGUACAAUGUGUCGAUACGUAGUCAACGCUACUCGAGGGGUGAGCGACGGGAAAAAUGUGGCUAUGGAUACGAGAAUCAUUCGCGAACAACAAUAUGGCUCUAUAAACUACCAACGAGUCUCCAAAAUCCGCUGGACGAGGUGCGUAGAAAAAGCUGUCGACUGUCCCCUAACUUCCCUGUCUUUUCUAUUCUCUCUGUGGAUCAGGUUGAUUAACAUAUACAUGUACCUUCUAUUUAUCUGCAAGGUUAAGUCAGGUCUAGUUUAAGCAAUGUGUAUAUAUGGUGGCUGGUCAUUACGCAUUGGGUCUAGAAAUGAGACUUGUGGUGAUCCGGCUCUGAACGGGGCAGGAUGAGUAACGGUGGACUUGAUGCGUGGCAGAAAGGGGGCUCAUGAUGCACAAGAGGCCUCCGUGGUUACUGUUGCACUAAGAGUUAAUAAUAUAAUUAUUUGCUGGAACACGUGCAUCUUACUGAGAGCGCAGUUGUUAUGGGUUUGGUAGUGUCACUAGGUUUAAAAGUCAUUCCUUCACCUGUGCUUUGGUUUUUCACAUUUUUCUUCUUCAUGAUGAUUUUGUCCGCUCUGUAUUUUACACACACAAACAUGAAAUCAUUAAACUGUUUAAAAAUAAUGGGGCCCAAAGGAUGGAUUCACAGUACACAGUUCAGUGUUCUUUCCUUCCACAUAUUUUUAUGCACAUUUUGAAUUGCUACAUUAGAAACGCUGAAAGAGAGCAAUAAAAUCCAAUAAAACUUUGUCUCAAGUUUAUUUAAGUUACUUAAUGUGAUAAAUGGAUCGUGGCCGAACUUUUGCAGAGUCGAUUAUUUAAUUUAACUAUCAUGAAUGAUUGUCGGUGUCUUCUAAGAUAUUCCUAUGAUUGCUUGUGUUUAUCUUUGGACAUGGCACGAUGGCAGCGGACAAUACAACAAUUAAAUCGUGCAACACAACAAACUGCUGUUCUCCACCGUCCCACCUCGACUUGUUUGGUCAAAACUCUUCUUCUGCUCCAUCGACUGGCAGAUUAGACGGUUGGCCUGCAAACCUCAUCUAUGGCCAAACAGCGCCGUAGCAGCGUUGACCUCCGAAGCGGUUCUUGGAAACGCUUGAUUUGCUUUUCUCUUUUUGUGAGCCUUCAGGAGUUUGCUUAAAAUAAUUGUGAGAAAAAUUAAUGAAAACAAGGCUUGUGUAGUUACCAGUUUCUCAGAAACCUUCAGAACUCAGGGCUUGUUGGUUUACUGUUGUGAAACUGAGAUUUUUUUCCAUUUGAAGCUGACCGAUCGUGAAUAGAAUGUUUCUGCCAUCACUGCAGUGAUUGAUCUCUGUUCCAUUUUACUUUCACCAAAUCUGUAUGCCGCUCGAUCAGUUCUCAGUGACGGGUCUUUUUCUAAUUCACUUCAUUUGGGGGGCUAAUUUGAUAUGAAUCUGGGUAUAAACUCAGACAAACUUGACUUUCUUUGUUGGUACAAUUUCCUUUUAUGUUAAUGGUGCCAGUUCUAAAGAAAGCUGCAUGUUUGUUACAAAUUUUACACUAUAAUUUGUUGUAUUAUAAGAAAAUUACUGAGCCCAGAGAAAAUAAAUAUACAUUUUACCUGA